CGGUGGACUUUAAAUUCCUGACAAAAACACUUGUUUACAUGACACAAGUGCCCAGAUGAGGCAGUGCUGCUGCUCCUCUUUUCACGCUCCUCCUCCUCCUCUUCCUCCUCCCCCUGCUCCUGCUCUCGAUCCCACAGGGACUCGCAGCCUUUACAUUCCUCUCAUUCCAGGCGCAGCGAACAAUCGGCCCUCAGUUACUGAUUAGUGCGCCGCGCGCUGCGCUCCGCUCACUCCACGGCUGGCCGCCGGCGCGCGCACAUGUUCAUGGAGUAAAGGAGCUCUGGAGACUGGCGUGGAUUUAACACGAAUACAUCUUAUUUUCCUCAGAUGCUGUCUGUGUGAUGCGACUAGAAAGUGAGCUGUGAGUCUAGAGCUUCUUCUCGCCAUCGUUUAUAUUUUCCAACGUGAUUCCAGCCGACGGACAUGAGAACGUCUGAAGCCUCCUCUGGAACGGUGCUGCACCGUCUCAUUCAAGAGCAGCUGCGAUACGGAAACCUGACUGACACCCGUACGCUCUUGGCCAUCCAGCAGCAGGCGCUGCGAGGAGGCAGCAGCAGCAGUGGCGGGGGCACAGGCAGCCCCCGCUCCUCUCUGGAGAGCCUGACUCAGGAGGAGACCCAGUACAUGCAAAUGUCAAUGAGGCAGGAGCCUCAGGGCCAGGAGCACCAAGGGGACGGUCUGCACUCCGAGGGCCCCGUGUGCCACCUGUACCAGCUCCACGGGGAGGAGCUGCCAACCUAUGAGGAGGCCAAAGCACACUCCCAGUACCUGAACUCGCAGAGGGAGCAAGCGGCACAGGAAGUCCGUGACAUGAGUCAAAGUGAGGCGCAGUGGGACUUAAAGAGAGAGCAUGCUCGCUCUCUGAGUGAAAGGCUCAUGCAGCUUUCGUUGGAAAGAAAUGGACUUAAAGACUGUCUGGCUAUGAGCUCUUCGAACAGCUAUCCACAGCUCCAUCACAGCAAUGAUGUGCCUCCUGGCAGACAGGGGGCCAUGCAGUGUGGAGAGCAGAGAGGGCCACCCCCGGAUUAUCCCCUCUACGCCAGAGUUCCUGAAUACAUGCUCAGCCACUCACAGGAUCAUGCCCAGUACCACCUGCCUCCUCCAAUGUACCCGCAGCAUCCCAGCAGGUCCAUCCAACCCCAGGUGGUUCACAGCAGCAUCUCCUCAACCUCCAACAUCAGCGGCGUGUUGAUGCGCGAGAAUGAGAGGCUGAGGAAGGAGCUGGAGGUGCACACCGAGAAGGAUGACAAGCUGCAGAAGCUGGAGAUGGAAAUUCAGAGGAUAUCCGAGGCCUACGACACUCUGAUGAAAGGCUCGGCCAAGCGGGAAGUGCUGGAGAAAACAAUGAGGAACAAAAUGGAGGCAGAAAUUAAGAGAAUGCACGACUUCAACAGAGACCUGAGAGAACAACUGGUGGAAGCUAACAAACACAGAGCAGCCAAGGAGGCCGAGAGCUCAGACCCGAGGCAGCACGUCUUUGUUAAACUGCUGGAGCAAAAUGAAGAGCAGCAGAGGGAGAGGGAACAUCUGGAGAAGCAGAUCCACCAUCUGCGUGAGUCCGGAGAGGAAUGUCAGCGGAGACGGGAGCUGCUGGAACAGGCUCUGGCCUCGGCGCAAACACGCAACCGGCAGCUGGAGGAAGAGCUUCUGCGGAAACGAGCCUACGUGAAGAAAGUGGAGCGGCUGCAGAGCGCGCUGGCUCAGCUGCAGGCGGCGUGCGAGAAGAGGGAGGUGCUGGAGCUCCGGCUGCGCACUCGGCUGGAGCAGGAACUGAAAAGCCUCAGGGCCCUCCAGUCCCAGAACCAGCCCGGUCAUCUCACGGCCUCAGACAGGAGCUUGACUACGACUCAGCAGCAGCAGCUGCGGGAGAAGGAGGAGCGCAUUCUGGCCCUGGAGGCAGACAUCACCAAGUGGGAACAGAAGUACCUGGAGGAGAGCACCAUGAGGCAGUUUGCCAUGGAUGCAGCAGCCACAGCUGCGGCACAGAGAGACACAACAAUCAUCAACCAUUCACCCCGGCAUUCUCCAAAUAACAGCUUCAACGAGGACCUGCCUCUGUUGAGUCACAGACAUCAAGAAAUGGAGAACAGGAUCCGCGUUCUCCACGCUCAGCUCCUGGAGAAAGAUGCUGUGAUCAAAGUCCUCCAGCAGCGCUCCAAAAGUGAGCAAGGCAAGCUGGACAAACAGGGCCUCCGUCCUGCCAGAUCCGUCCCCACCAUCCACACCGUGACCUGCAGCUCGGAGAGGAAAGGAAAGAGCCUAUCAGAUGACCUGACAGGUGCUUCGGUGCCAAACCCUUCAUCCGUCGUCACAGCCAAGGGUCCACGUCAAGACGCUAGAACUCAAAGUGAUGUGCAGGAACCGGCGGUCACUGCAGAGUCCAGCAAACCCAAAGCAUCUGAGAGGAUCUCAGAAGCCCCAACCGAGGAGCCAAAGGCCUCGCUCAAAAGCAUCAACAGCGCAGACUCAGAGGCCAUCGAAAUCCUGAUAUGAGGAGAACAAAGUGUUUGCUUGAGGUCUUUUUCAAGACCUGCUCGGAUGUCUGGUCUGAAACAGACGGUGGUGCAGUUCGUAGAAGAGAGCUGAGCUUUCCUUCUGCUGCUUCUGCCCGUUUCACAAGUGGAAUUCUUCAAGGUACCUGGACAGUAUUCUGUGAGGCGACAGGAACUGGGCUGCUGGUGGUGCAUGUUGUUAGUGUUUUGUUGAAAAUGUAUAUUUAUACUGAAGAAAAAAAGCUGCUCUUGAUGAUGUGACAGUUGAAAAGGUGACUUGUGUUAGAGUGCUCCACUUGUUAAAUUAUAUCUCCAUAACUAUAUGAUUAUUCUUGUUUGGAGUUUUUUUGUUUAUCUUAAGUUUGUUGUAGCAUCUAUGUUAGCAUACCUUUUAAAGUAAUAGGAAUAUUUAUAAAGAAACCCAGGAUAAGCAUGCUAUGUGUUUUACUGUCAUGUCUGAGGAUUAUUCUGUUUCAGCCCAAAUUUAAAUCUCCAGUUGCCCCUCUCUGUGAAAUAGGCUUGUGCUCCCAUCUCAGUGGGGAGUUUUGAAUGUGGAGCUUGCAACUUCUCUCCUAAAAAAGCCUUCGAGGAUUGACAGUGUUUCACUGGGGUCCAAUCUUCCGGAUCCCGGAUUAAUGUUUGGCUACCGCCCAACAUUUUGCUGCCCUCCGAUGACACUCCGGAGCUAAUCUUCUCACAUUCCUCACUGGGGUAAUGCUCCAGUUAAAGAAAACGGCUAUCUAAAGUCUGACCCCUCGGCCUUGUAAAAAUGGCACACAUUCUCCACAGGAUUCCUUCCCGGGGCCGCUGAUUUCUUUUGGGCGAUGGUAGCUGGUUCUAUCAUGAGCACAGUAAUGGGCGGCUAUAACUGGCCCGCAUUUGCUACUCUAUUUGUUGUCUCCAUCACUGUGAUAUAUUCGGCCAUGUUUUCUUCAUUGCUCAGCUAUCUCACAUUCUCUGAGUGGGCUAUAUGCUCAGCAAUGGACACCUCUAUUUAUUUCUCCCUGCUUAAUGUAGGAUUACCGAACACUGCUGAAUGUAAACUACUGUUUUUAAGGAGAAUGCUCUGUCUGGAACUGGAAAGAGUCACCGUUUUCAUCUAUUUUUGGAUUUAAAGGCCUGUAAAUGUAAUUAAGAAUAUGAAAGUUUUGCUUCAAUUUGUGGAAGGAAGCAUCAACCCCAUCAUUCAUAUUUUCCCCCAUAAUGCAUAUGCUGGUCAAUGCCAUUUCCCAGUUUUCUUCUUUGUUUUCCUGAAUGUUUACACGAAUGGCUGUUUGAAGCAAGGAAAUUUAAUAUAUUUAUGUGUGUUAGUCAUUUAUAUAUCUGUAAACUGUUUUGGUUUUCAUGUGCCAAAGAUGUCCUCCACCUUUAAGUUAUGUCACAAGAGGCACUGCUAAUGUGCUUCGCUCCAGCUCCAUGACGUUGCUGUGAACUUUUGUAAAGGAAACGUUUGUCUUUUUGCCGCAGCAUUUCACAAUAAUAGAUUAAAAUUCUUAAUAUAUACCAGA